AUGGGCUCUGCGUUUUGCAUUCACAAUAGCGACGACUUCCCGAGCAAGUCCCAAAUGAGCGUCGACAACCGCAAUUCUCAGGAGCCCUGGAGUGGUUGCGCAAUGAAAAUGAACUUGGUGGAUAAUUGCUCCAAAAGCCGCCUGAUUCUCAUCAUAUUACAGCACUAUUUCCUUACUGAAGGUGUGGAUCCUUCAGAGUGCAAAUGUCCUCUGUAUACAUGUAGAGAGGCAUGCCCGGACGCUGCUUCUUUGAUCAAGCAUCUAAAGGCUUGCGAUCGUUUCAAAGAAGGCAAGAUAUUGUGUCCAUCAUGCAAUCGUAUUGAGCAAUUCACAGUUGUCGACAAGGCACAUUGUUCUUGGAAAAAGGCGAACUUAUUAUCCCAAUGGCAGAAGGUUGGCCAUGGUCUUCGCAAGAUGAGCUCCUCCAUCACCGGACGAUGUUCCCGAUCCAAGUUGGGCAGCAUCUCGAGACGCAGCGCCCAUGGACUCGACCAACACGACUGCGAAAUGACGCGCCCCCCCUUGUCUCCACCAUCUCUACCAUCGCCACCAUAUGCCAAGGGGUCCUCCACCUUCGAGCUCCGCAACUCGUGUUCCGCUGAGCUGCCAGUGCCAUCUUACACGCAUGAGCUACCAGCGUCAUCUUACACGCAUGAGCUACUAGUUCCAUCUUACAGACCCGAGCUGCCAGGGUCGCUUUUCACACCUGAACUUCCAGAGUUAUGCACUCCUAACGUUGGACCAGCUACUUGCAAAGAAUCCACGCCACAACAUGGGAACUGGUCUAGUGCAGAUCUGGACUCAGAUCCGCCCCAGCUCUAUCCAUCAAACGUACCACGUCAUGUCCCCAAUACUGCUAUAAUCCCACCAAGGCCAGCUCAGGAAUCGCAAGUGACAUUGAGCUCUCCUUCGCAUGUGCAAUCACAGUCGCAAAGGUCCCCUUGGGGCACGUGGAAUCUGCACGACUUUCCGAUACAAAAUGCGACCCACAGUGCUCAUGAAUUCCCAUCCUCUAUCAACACAGUUGACCCUACCCGACAAGCCCCAUCCACCAUUUCAUCCCUGUCGACUAUGUCAGAACACACCAACGUGUCAUCUAAGUUGAACAUUUCUAAACAAACGAAUCUUCCCGAUGUACAAGCUCGCAUAAAUGGCAGGGUCCCACGAGGGCCUCUAUUUGCUGUCGAUCAAGGCUUCGCCGCUUCACCUGAGAGCCUGGAUUUCAGUAAUCAGAUGACAUUCCCAACACUUCCACAAUCGGUGAUCCAGAGACCAUUGGAGAAGACCCAACCGCGAAAUCUCUCGGCUGGGCUGCCUCAAGAUGACGUCAAUUGCGUCAUUUCUCCGGAGUCAUCCCUUCCAAGUCAAGCGGCGGCACCUUCUAGAUCCAUCGAUUUAGAUGAGUGGUGGAUAAGCCCAAGUUUGCCGCAUUGGAAAGCUUUUCAAGAAGAUGAGAACGAUGUGAUGGCUCUGCCAACUCCGGUUCGCCCAAAGCACCCACAAACUCGACAAUCCUCUGGGGACUCUAGCUCCACUCUAGUCGAUUCCAGUACGACAAGGAGUGACUCCACGGAUUCACACGAAGAUGAACUCAUGGCCAUCUUCAGACCGAUGCCCGAGAUACGACCGUUGAAGCCGUUGAGUUCAUCUCCCGGUCACAGUAUGCUUCUAGGCAUGAAUCAAGAUAUGGGGAAGUGUCCUGCGCCCGACUGUGCCUACUUCUCCACGGAGAAAGGCGACCCGCGAAAAAAUCUCGCGAAGCAUUGGAACCGUAAACAUCGCAGCGGUUCUCGUCGGCACCUCUGUUCAUGUGGGGCGAGUUACAGCCGGUUUGAUAACUUGCAGAGGCAUCAAAGACUCAAACACCCCAAUUUGGUCAUUUCUUCCAAUAUGAAGAGGCGCGGUGAGGAAUUUGAUGCGACUGACAGUGGAAUGAUUGUGACCAAACGGCCUCGGCUGAACACGCGGGGCCGGGUUGGUCUUGAGUUGGAAGCAGCUCUCAUCCCGUUUGCGGGGCGAAGUCAGGAGCGAAAUAGUACGAGCCGGCUCUCCUAA